AUGAGGGAUGCGCUUCUCUCCCAGUGCACAACGAGGCUCGUUCAUCUCCUCUGGGUGAGCCUGAUUUCCACGGAGAGCUGCGGUGCCAAGGUUUUGGAGAAGACAUUUGAAGAAUGGAUGAGGUACAAGGCUGAAUGCUUGAAGAAGAUGGCCAAUGACCCUUAUCCUCCCGGGUUGUUCUGCAACCGAACCUUUGAUAUGUACGCCUGCUGGCCGGACGGGAGCCCGGGCACCGUUGUCAACGUCUCCUGCCCCUUCUACCUGCCCUGGUUUGAAAAAGUUGAACACGGGCAGGUGAGCCGCAAGUGCGAGGCCGACGGGCGCUGGGCGUUGCAGAACGGGACGGAGACCUGGAGGGACCAUUCCCAGUGCAAAGAGGAGACGGAAGCCGCCAGCGAAGAGGAAGGGGCCCACCGGUUGAUGGCCAGCUUCAAAGUCCUCUACACGGUGGGCUACUCCCUGUCGCUGCUGGCCCUGGUCCUGGCCCUCCUCAUUCUUACCGUUUUCAGGAAGCUGCGCUGCACCCGGAACUACAUCCACGCGAACCUCUUUGCCUCCUUUGGGCUCCGGGCGCUUUCUGUGAUCGUGAAGGAUUCGUUGCUGGAGAAGAUGUGGGGGAAGGAGGUCUUUGGCAUGUCUGACUGGGAAGCCCUGCUGAGCACCGAAGCUGCGAUUGGCUGCCGAGUGGCUCAGGUGGUGAUGCAGUAUUGUAUCCUGGCCAAUCACUAUUGGUUUCUGGUGGAGGCGAUCUACCUGUACAAGCUUCUGAUCGGAGCUGUCUUUUCAGAGAAGAAUUACUACACCCUCUACCUGUACCUCGGCUGGGGGACCCCCAUGGCCUUUGUGGUCCCAUGGAUGGCGGCCAAGUAUCUAAAGGAGAAUUCAGAGUGCUGGGCCCUGAAUGAGAACAUGGCUUAUUGGUGGAUUAUUCGGAUCCCUAUUCUGCUAGCAUCCUUGAUCAACCUGCUGAUCUUCAUGCAGAUCCUCAAGGUGAUCUUGGCCAAGCUGAGAGCCAAUCAGAAGGGCUACGCAGACUAUAAAUUGCGGCUAGCUAAAGCUACCCUCACCCUCAUCCCCCUCUUUGGGAUCCACGAGGUGGUCUUCAUCUUUGCCACUGACGAACAGACCACGGGCGUCUUGCGCUACAUCAAAGUGUUCUUCACGCUGUUCCUCAACUCCUUCCAGGGGUUCCUGGUCGCUGUACUCUACUGCUUUGCAAAUAAGGAGGUGAAAUCGGAAAUGAAAAAGAGGUGGCACCUCUGGAAGCUGGACCAUACGGCGCUUUGCUGCACCCAAUGAAGAAGGACCCAAACCAGCG